AUGUCAGCUCCAAAAAUGCACAUGAUGUGGGCAGUGAGGGCGAAACCUUGUGGGGGCGACCCCUCCUCCCUUCCAACCCUCCACCCCACCCCACCCCAACCAGGCAUGAACACGGGCAUUCAGGACGCGCACAACCUCGCAUGGAAGCUCGCAGCUCUGCUCCAAGGCACCGCCUCCCCCGCCCUGCUCGCCUCCUACGAGGCAGAGAGGCGCCCAGUGGCCGUGGAAAAUACCCAUUUGAGUGUCAGCAACUUCGAGUCUGCUCUGGCUGUCCCCAGAGCCCUGAGUCUGGAACCCAACGCUGCCAGGUGCGUCCACACCCACUGUAGGCGGAGAGGGGGGGAGGCAGAGAGGCGCCCAGUGGCUGUGGGCAACACUCACCUGAGCGUCAGCAGCUUGGAGUCCGCUCUGGCUGUCCCUCGUGUGCGUGAGUGCCGACUGACUCCUCUCUCUCUCUCUUUAGUGGAGCCAGUGGGUCAAGAGCUCUGCUCUGCUCCACCCUCUCCCCUCCCCCCCUGCCCUGCUCGCCUCGCACGAGGCGGAGAGACGCCCAGUGGCCAUGGGUGCCAGUGGCCAGCCCUGGGUCUGGAUGGAGCCCUGGGUCUGGAUGGAGCCCUGGGUCUGGAUGGAGCCCUGCCAGCUGCCCUUACCUCUUCAACAGCCAAUCAGUUCCUGCCACGUCAGCUCCAGGCGACCCUCAUAGAGGCUGGGCUAUCAGCAGGGCGACAGCUGCUGCUCUCUGAUUGGCUGCUGAACCCAGCCAAUCCUGUGGGAAGAGAGCGGCUGGCAGCGGUGCAGAGGAGUUUGGAGGAGGGGAAGAGCCUGCAGCUGCUUUUCCCACAGCACGACUUGGGUUUUAGGUACAAGAAGGGCGCCUGUCCCUGUCCCCUUCAGACGUCCCUCAAGCAGCAGCAUACGAUUCCCAAGCUCGAAGAGCCAGCUCCACCUCCUUCACUCCCUCCACUCUCCCGGCGCCCGCCUGCCACACCGCAUGCUCACCCUGCUGCUGCCCUCCGCUGCUGCAACAACAGGCCAUCAGUCCAAAGAGCCGCCGGGUGCAAGCACCACACGCGCCUCAAAACCCGUCCCACCAUCACAGGGCUCUUCUCCCGUCCCACCAUCACAGGGCUCUUAUCCCGUCCCACCAUCACAGGGCUCUUAUCCCGUCCCACCAUCACAGGGCUCUUCUCCCUCUUCCAUCGACUCUCUCCGCUUGGCUGCAUCACUCCCACUCUGCGCCUCCCUCUCCCCACACACUUCUUCACAAACUCAAAUCAACAUUUCUCCAUCUCCCCACAGUCCUUCCCAGAUUCACUUCACCAUUUCCCCCUCUCUCUCCUAUGCCGCCCCUUCAAAUUUCCUUGCAUGCAGGGCCCUUCUCUUUCCUCCAUCGACCUCUCUCCUCUCGGCUCCAUCACCCCCACUCUCCUCCUCCUUCUCGGCCCCCACACUCCCCUCUGGCUCGCCUCCUCUCUCCGCGCACACUCCCUCACUUGCCUCCCCCUCCGUCUCGUCCUCCUCGCUCCCCACCCCUCCUCCUUCUCCCCUCUCCCUUCCCUCCUUGCCCCUCUCGGCCUCUGCGUAGAGCCUGCUAGCACGGAAGGGGGGGGUGGCAACCGUGUAACAGGGAAGGGAGUCAGUGCAAGCGAGUUUAGAGGCAACAACACGCCGAUACAGCCGGUUCAGCUGGUAUGGGAGAAGCAGCGAGCACAGCAGAGGAGAGGGGUGCAGAGAGGGGGGAGUGGUUUGGCAUGGUACUUUGAGUCGACUCAAAAGUCAUCAGGGGUGGGGGAGUCGUGUGCUGUUCUUGUAAGUCCGGAUGGGCACGUGGCAUGGCGAAUGAUGCACCCACCUGCUGCUGAAACUGACAGUGGUGCUGAUGGGUUUGGCAGCAGUGGUAAUGGAACUGGCAGAGGUGCUGCUGGGAAUGGCAGUGGUGCUGCUGGGUUCAGGAGCGGUGCUUCCCAAUCUUGUGACACCCUUCUGUCACAUGGGUCAAUACCUGAUGCUGCUAAUGCCAUCGCACAAGCGUUGCGACGUGCAUUUGGAUGGGAUGCCAGUAGCUAA